CAUAAUAUAUAAUAUAUAUAUUAUAUUUUAUUAUUGUACGGUCAUACAUACAAUGUAGGUAGUUCCUAUAUCCAAACGUGCUUAUCGAAAACAAACAGAAAUUUUAAACGGCGGGCGGCAUGGCUAUCUGAAUAAUAUAGGCACUACCGGCGUUUUAUUCGUCGUCGUAUAGUCACGCGUUUAGGCCGCAGUUCACGUUUAGUAGUCGAGUACCGCUGAAACGACGCCGAGUGACAAAGUAACAAAAAAAAAAAAAUUGUAAAUUUACUGCGAACAUGUUGAAAAUUGGAUUUUUUGGUGCCGGCAAAAUGGCCCAGGCGUUGGCCAAAGGUUUCUUGACGGCCGGUCUCGUCAAAGGAGAAAACAUCACGGCCAGCUGCGCACCACAAGAUACGCAGUGCGUGAAAGCUUUCGAGGGAUUCGGAUCGACGGUGACUUUUGACAACCGGUCGGUGGUCGACAACGCGGACGUCCUACUGCUGGCCGUCAAACCGUCCGUGGUCAAGACGGUACUGGACCAGAUCCGUCCGAAUUUCACGUCCAGCAAACACCUGCUGCUGUCCGUCGCCAUGGGCGUCACCGUAAAUCAGUUGGAAGAGCUUUUACCGGAAGGCUCAAGGGUAAUGCGAGUGAUGCCCAACACGCCUGCAUUGGUUCAGUGCGGCGCUUCCGUGUAUGUGCCAGGCAAACGGGCGACGGACGAAGACGAGAAGCUGACGGCGAAACUUUUGUCGUCCGUGGGCACAGCGGAGCGCGUGCAAGAGUAUUUGAUGGAUCCGAUCACUGCGCUCAGCGGUUCCGGUCCGGCAUACGUAUACGUCAUUAUCGAAGCUCUGGCCGACGGUGCCGUUCGCAUGGGCAUGCCUAGAGACAUGGCCUAUAGGUUAGCGUCGCAGACAGUCCUGGGCGCGGGGACCAUGGUUCGAGAUACACAAGAACAUCCGGGAAAACUUAAGGAUGACGUUACCUCACCAGCGGGUUCUACGGCGGCCGGUCUCUGUGCUCUGGAAAAUGGCGGUCUAAGGUAUACGAUCAUCGACGCUUUGGAAAAAGCUACGGAAAAAUGUAAGGAAACAUCAAAGGCGCUUUAAACGAUUUGUUGGUCGAUUUGACCAUGAUGGUGAAUAUUUAUAUUCGCUGUAAUAUAUAGACUAAUUGACAGGUUUUUUUUUUUAAAUGAUUUAACUGUUUAAAUUUGUAUCAUACAUGUUUUAUAUUUUGUUAUUAAUUUUAUUUAUUUUUUAUAAUUGUGUUCAAAGUACAUUUGUACUUAUACCUAUAAUGUUUAUUGUUUAUUGUAUAUUUUCUUGAUUAAGUAAAUUACCUAAUUAAAUAGUUCAAGGUUCAUCAAGAUUUAUUUUACAAAAACUUCAGAGAUAUAUUAAGUUUUAAGUAUUUCUCACCCGUCCCAUUAUUUGUUAUUUGCAUAAGAUUUAUUUUAUCAACACAGUCUAUACAGAAAGUUAUUAUGAUCAAUUUAUGUUAUAUCUAUUUAUUUUCUGUAACCAAAUUAUAUCUGCCAUUCCUUUAUCGGGCGGUUUUUAUAGGUUGUUAGCACUAUCCUGUAUUUAUGCAAAACCGGGAAGGUUGCUUCCGCACAGUGCUUAUACUCUGAGAUAUUAUCUUAUCGUCAAUAAAUUAUCAUAAAUCUAUUUAUUGUUUAAUGUUUAUUUGUUACUAAAUUUAUAUGACUAUAUAAUAUA